CCGCGCCGGGCGCUGCGGCCGCCGCGCUCGGCCCUCCGCGGCGGAGCGGUCCCCGCCGGCAGCGGCGCAUAAGGCCAGGGCCUCCCCACUUCAGCUACAGUGCUGGCUAAGUCGGGGAAGGCAAGCACGGAGCGGAGCCGCGGGCGCCGGGCCGGGGCGGCGGCGCAGCCGGCGGGCAUGGCGCGGGCGGCGGAGCGGCGGCGCUGCGGGCCUUUGGUUGGUUAUUUCACGUCCGCCAAGUUUCUGCUCUACCUUGGCCAUGCGCUGUCCACCUGGGGAGAUCGUAUGUGGCAUUUUGCUGUGUCUGUGUUCCUGGUUGAGCUUUAUGGAAACAGCCUACUCCUGACUGCAGUCUAUGGACUGGUUGUGGCAGGAUCAGUCCUUCUCCUGGGAGCCAUUAUUGGAGACUGGGUGGACAAGAACUCCAGGCUCAAAGUGGCCCAGACAUCCUUGGUUGUGCAGAAUGCAUCUGUCAUCCUGUGUGGUGUUAUCCUGAUGAUUGUCUUCUUGUUUAAGACACAGCUCUUGACCUUAUACCAUGGAUGGCUUCUUACGAUGUGCUAUAUCCUGGUUAUCACGAUAGCAAAUAUUGCCAAUUUGGCCAGCACUGCCACAGCGAUCACAAUUCAGAGGGACUGGAUUGUGGUGGUUGCAGGGGAAGACAGAAGCAAACUGGCAGAUAUGAAUGCCACAAUACGAAGAAUCGACCAGUUGACCAAUAUCCUGGCCCCAAUGGCAGUUGGGCAGAUAAUGACGUUUGGCUCCCCAGUGAUUGGCUGUGGAUUCAUUUCGGGUUGGAACCUGAUGUCUAUGUGCGUGGAGUAUCUGCUGCUCUGGAAGGUCUAUCAGAAAACCCCUACUCUUGCUCUCAAGUCUACAAAAGUUGAAGAAUCAGAAUUGAAACAGUUGAAUGUAAAGAAAGAGAGUGACACACAACCUGCUGAAGGAGUGCAGUUAAUUGUUGAGAAAGAUGUAACUGGCUCUGAGCCUCAACAGGAGAAGAAAGUCAGCUGUGCUGCCCGGAUUGCUGAACCUUUCAUCACGUUUCGUGAUGGAUGGGUUGCAUACUACAACCAGCCAGUGUUUCUUGCAGGCAUGGGUCUUGCAUUUCUUUAUAUGACUGUUCUGGGCUUUGAUUGUAUUACUACGGGCUACGCGUACACUCAGGGUUUGAGUGGCUCUGUGCUAAGCCUUCUGAUGGGUGCCUCUGCAGUUACUGGCAUCAUGGGAACAGUAGCUUUCACCUGGCUUCGUCGCAAGUGUGGCUUGAUUCGCACAGGCCUUAUUUCUGGAGUAGCCCAGUUUGCUUGUCUGAUCUUAUGUGCCAUUUCUGUUUUCAUGCCUGGAAGUCCUCUGGAUUUGACUGUUUCCCCAUUUGCUGACAUCGGUGCCAGGCUGUUUGAAAGUGAACCAUUACCUACUAUUGCAUCUCCAGGAGAUAAGUCUGAAAUGGCUUUUGCAACUGGAAUGCCCAACUUGUUAAACGGGUCUACUCCUGCUAAUGGUGACCCAGAGAUGAGUCCUGAGCCUGUGCCUUUAAUCUCUGUUAGUCUCCUGUUUGCAGGAGUCAUUGCUGCUAGAGUUGGCCUUUGGUCUUUUGAUUUGACUGUCACACAGUUGCUCCAAGAAAACGUGAUGGAAUCUGAAAGAGGCAUCAUAAAUGGUGUCCAAAACUCCAUGAAUUAUCUCCUUGAUCUGCUCCACUUCAUCAUGGUCAUCUUAGCCCCUAACCCUGAAGCUUUUGGCUUAUUGGUGCUUAUUUCUGUGUCUUUUGUUGCAAUGGGUCACAUAAUGUACUUCAGAUUUGCUCAAAAAAGCUUGGGAACGCAGCUUUUUGCUUGUUGCACUCCUGAUCCCAAAGCAGUCUCUGACAGUUCACUACCUGGUAAUACAUCCACAGUCUGAAGGAAUUUGCUGCACAUGCAUCAUGGUUAGAUGUGUAGAAAUGGUCUUAAAAGGCAGUCUAAGGUGUUUCUCUAGAGUUGAAUGCAUAACUGACUAUUUAAGGCAGCCUUCCCAGAAGAAAUAGAAAUCAUCUCACAGUGAACCUACAUGUUUCAUUUUGGGCUAGGGACAACCUAGCUGGAUCUUAACAGCUAGCAUUUGGGAGGAUCCCCAGAUAUUACACAUGAAGUAUUUGAUCAGGAAAAAAAACUUUGAAUUUCUGUCCAACUCCUACAUCCUGAUGAUACUGUUUGGUAGUUACUUACUCACUUCAUCCAUGCUUGCUCAUUGUGCAGAAUAAGGUUUUUGCUUUAGAAAAGCUUGAUUUACUAUUUUUUGCUGUCCCCCCCCCCUUCUGUAAGCAUGUUCUGUUCCACGUAUUGCUCUUCUCUUCCCAAACUGGAUAAAACUUCCUUCUUGGAGAUCUGAAAGAGACUUAAGUUCUGGUAUUUUCCCGAAAUACAUCUAUUCUAGUUCAGCUUUACAGAAACACCUGUGCAGCUUUUCAUGUUUCUUUAUAAUUAGAUUAGUGCUAGGUGCAAAAUAUUGUAUUAUGCUUUUGCACUUUAUAAAACAUAACCUCAUUUCAGUAGAAGCUAUUGAUAUAAUGCAAUGUUAUAAAGCAUAGCUUUCUAACUCAAAUGCCAGAUAUGCUCACACUUGUAACAGUGUGCUAAGGUCAGGAGUACUGGUACAGAAAGAUAAGUCAAGGGCUGAUUUAGCCUUUGCCUCAGAGUACAAGCAGCUUUGGUUUAUUUUCAAAUGCCAUUGCUUUAAGAAAUCUUACUAAAAGCUGAUGUAGUAGCAAACGAUUACUAGUCCAGGCAAAACAUAUCCAAAAGUGGAUUAUUUACACUUACCUGUUUUACACUUAUGAAUUUUAUGACUUAAACUAUUCCAAGAUACUGCUAAAACAGUAUCAGACACUGGACUGUGUGGCCCUCUAGCAACUUCAGAGAAAUGGAGAAUGAUUUAUCCCUUUGAUUUCAAGAAGUUCUUGCAUUAUUUGACCCUGCAUGUGUACUAACACAGUGCUUCUAUCAUCGUUAACUGUUUAUGCACUUUUGUGGAAGCUACUCUAAGCACUUUGCUUUUCAGUGGAGUUGAAUCUUGCAGUAUUCUGUUUUCCUGCGGUGUGACAACAUGAUUUUUGAAGUUUUGUUUGCAAAAUUAGAAUGAAAAAUAAGAAAAGAUAUUUUUUACAUUUACUGACUUUUUAAAAAGGUUUUUUAUUUUAGGUACUUUCUUUAAUGUUAGACUUCGACCCUGGAAUGCAAGUGUAUCAACUCCAUGGACAUUAAAGGCGUUACAUCAGGGCUGAAUCUAGGCCAGUUAUUUAAAAAAAAAAAAAAAAAAAAAAAGUACAUAUCCGUCUAAACAGAAUGUAAAAAAAUCUGUAGUAGCUUCUAUCUCAGAUAUGGUAUUUUGUAAUAGGAAGGAAAGCAAAUGAAUCGGAAUCCAGUGUACAACCCAGUUGUAGCCAUCAGUAUUCAAUAACUGGAUGUAGUAAUUUUUUUCCUCUAAUAGACCAAAAGUAAUUAUUACUGAAAGGCUCUCAGGGAUGUUUUCAUUAGAUUUGUUAGUGUUUAUACUUUGACCAAUCUUCUGGGUUUUUUUUUUAUUGUAAUAGUGAAAUAUGUAGAGUAUUUUUCAAAUUUGACUCAAUCCUGAUUAUAACUUCUCAAGAAAAGGGAAUUUUGCUGAAAGCAAAGUUUAAGUCAGAAGAAAAAUUAGAAGCUUUUCUAGAUUUGCAGAAUAAAGACCCAAAGGAUAGCCUCUACAGUACACAAUAGCAAGUAGGAUCGAACCAGUAAGGAAUCUUGAAGUACACUAGUAAAUAAGAUCUCUGAUUUGCCAAAUAUGUUGCUUCCAUACAUCUAUUAGCUAAGCGGGGACCACAUUUUAAUAUUGCUGAGAACAAAGGAGGCCUUAAUGUCAGUAAGUGCCUCUAUACUGCAGUUUCAGGAACACCUGAAUGCCAUCGUGUAUACGUGAUUCCCUGUCUCUCAGAAACAAAGCUGGAAAUGUUUUGUGUGGGCUCCGUAGCCUACGGAAAUGCACUGUGCCUGAGGCCUAAUGCUGCAGCGUUAGGCACCAGGCACCCCUGAGAGGCACGUUCUCCUGCUGCCUGUGAUCCCCAAGAGGCCCCAUGCUGGCGGGUAGAUCUGGGAGCGUACCCUGUUUCCCUCUGCUCCCAACAUGAGUGUUUUUUUUUUCUUUCCCCUUUUUUCCUCUGAAGAGCAAUGUAGCCUUACUCUUAUGUCAGUAGAGUAGCUCUUUGUUUCACAAACAAUCCCAGUGCAUAUUGGCAUCUGGAUCUUAAGCCAAAAAAGUAGUAUCAGGAGGGGGCUGGCCCUUCUUAUUUUGCAUACAUACUGUCACUAGGAGUUUGUGUAUGCAAAGAAUAUAUUGCUGGAUGCUAAGGCAAUCCUAAAAGUUUGAAAGUAGCAAGAUGGACUCUGACUUUAACAGGAAUAAGGAGGUCUGUAUUGGAAAUCAGGUGUAUUUUGGACCUAGUCAGAAAAUGUCAAAUAUGCUGUGUGAGUACACACCCAUGUGUGUAUAUACUUUAACAUACACACAGACACCUGUUAUGGUUAGUGCUUUGAAGCAAUGUGGAGCCUGAAGUUUUACUUAGCAGGACUUUUGUUAAGUAUGCAUUUUUGGCCUACUAUUUAUUUAUUUUUUUGGAUGUCCUAUCUGGAUGAAAACUGCCCUUAAAAUGUGCACACUAAAAAUCAAUCUUACCAGAAUAGUGUAUUUUGUUAUACAACUUUAUGCUGGACAUAGUAUUGAUUGAUAUAUUAAUCUUGUUAAUAAAGCUUUUGAAUAAAUUUG